GGAAAUAUAGAUACAAGUUUUGAAAAAGGUUUGAAAAUCAAUUCAAUUGUAUCCAUUAAAAAUAUGGUUCUUAUUUAAAGCCCUCGUUGCUGACUUAAUAAAAACGCAUUUCAUCAAAAGCGAGAACAGCCAAAGCCUUAGUAUUAAUUAUGAACCCAUACAAUCUAUGAAUACUCACCCUAUGGGUUAAAAAUAAUGAAUUUACAUUGGAUCAAAAGAAAGCGAAAUAUCCAGAGAUUGAACGUGGACAUGUGUAGGCAAAUACAAACAUGUUUGGUUGUGUUUUGAAGUGCUUGGUUACAAUUUGUUGCAGUGCUUGGAUACCAUGUUGUGCCGCUAACGAAACGCAUGCGCACACAAUGACGGGUCGAGAGUAUAUCUUUACAAGGGUAUGUUUCCAGUGAUCAUAAGUUGCUGGUCAUUUAGCAAAGUGGAAAGAUGGUUGGGACAACUACAUUCGUUCUCGCAGGCGUGCUUGCAGUAUUGCUGUGCGUUUCAGUUUCCAGCGUGGAUGCAGCAUUCAAGUGUUACGAAUGCGCCGGAACUUCGGAUAGUGACAGCUGUUCGGACGAAUUUGUAAAAAAUUCCGAUUUGGAAAGUGAAGCGAUUUGCGAGGCCUGCACUAAGGUCAAGACUAACGGCAUGGUAGUGAGAGCUUGCUCCGAAGUUGCAUACAAAGACGAUUGCGAGGAGCAGGAUGGUGCCCAUGCCUGUUCAUGUGAUAGCGAGCUCUGCAACGGCUCCAGCACCCUGGUCGUAUCCAUGGCAACGAUGUUGGCUGCCACUCUCGCCGUUUUCUUCGCAAAGUUUUAAUAUCUCAAAAUACAUGAUCUUUAACGUAACAACAAUACAAUAAGCAUAACAAAUCUGUGUUUAUGUAUGAUAGUGAAAAAUUUGCCUAAUUAUGUUUAUUGGACUGAACAUUUCAACUUAAUUUAUAUGUUAUAUAAUAUAGGAAUUGUUACUAAAAGGCAUUACGUGAUAAAUAUAUUUUAAAUUAAAAAAAACAAAUGGAAUUGUUUAGACAAACACAAAUAUAUAAAUUGAUUUAUUUUCUGGUUA